CAGAGAUGCAUGUCUUGAACUUGUGUGUUGGAAGAACUAUACAUACUUACCUAUGAUUAAUGCCCGCCGGGAUGCACCGGUAGUUGCAGGGACCCUUCAAUCGAUAAGAUAUAUAAUGUGCCGUCACUGUCUUGCAAAUAAUCUGCAAUUUGCUCCCCCUCAACCCCCCACUUGUUCCCUAUCCUCAUAAUGACUGACAAACCCACCCCUUCGACAGUGGUCGAGCCCCAACAAGGAACCAAGGAUAGCAACGAAAAGAGAGACAGAAAAGGCCGUAUUCAUGAGUUCCAGGAAACCGAGGGCUACAUUAUUGACAUCGCCGAGGAUGAUUCCGCGCCAACAGGGCUCAAACUUGCCAAGGAUGGCCACACCGUCUUGAUCCCUCAGCCCAGUGAUGAUAAGCAUGAUCCUCUGAACUGGACGUGGAACAAGAAGCACCUCAUGCUUUUUAUCGUGUCUUGGGUGUCCUUUCUGCCUGACUAUGGGAGCGCAACCGGGGCUGUCACUCUGAUCCCGCAAGCCGUGGAGUGGGGGACCACCCCAGACACUGUGAAUCACUCACAAGCCGGCAAUGUAUUCAUGUUGGGCGCAGGUGGUGUGGUUGGUAUGUACCUAUCGACUUUCUCAGCAACUUGAACACAAGAAAACUUGUCUGACCCCGAAGCAGUCGUGAUUCUUUCGGCCUACUUUGGCCGUCUCCCUGUCGUCUUUUGGUUCCUCCUCAUCUCCGUCGCAACAGCAGCUUGGUGUGCCGAACCAGAUACGUUCGAAUCAUUCAUGGCGGCCCGUAUUCUCAACGGCUUCUUCUCGACAGUCAGCCAGGCAGGGGGGUUAAUGUUUAUCAAAGACAUGUUUUUCUUUCAUGAACAGGCGAGGAAGAUCAACAUUUGGGCAUCAUUUAUUGUCAUGUCCCCCUACGUCGGUCCUCUCUUUGCCGCCUUCAUGACAGAAACACUACACUGGUCAGUGCCAUUUUGGGUGUACUUUGGCAUGAAUGUGCUGGGAAUGGCACUGGUCGUUGCAUUUCUGGAAGAGACAUACUAUGACAGGACCAUACCAUCGGACCAACAGCCUGCUCGAGGCAACCGUUUUGCCAGACUGAUCGGCACCGCCCAAUGGAAGUCUCGACAUCUCCGCAACACCUUUGGCCAAGCUUGUUGGAGAACCGUCAGUGUGCUUCUCAAGCCAAUCGUAGCUCUCUCGUGCGUUUUUUACGCCUUGACGUUUGCUUGGGCGGUGGGCAUCAACACCACGCUGGCCAUAUUUGUCACCCCACUGUACGGCUUCGGACCAAAACAAGUGGGAUUCUUCUAUUUCACCCCGGUGGUUGCUGUGGCACUGGGGGAGGCAACAGGCCACUGGCUGCAUGACGCUCUCGCCAAGCAGUACAUCCGCUCUCACAAGGGACAUUUCGAGCCCGAGGUGCGCCUGCGAGCCGUACUUCUGGCAAUGCCUGUUGUCAUUGUCGGCCUAGUUCUCAUCGGGCAGUGCUUUGAGAACCAGUGGUACUUCAUGGCCACCAGCGUCUGCUGGGGCCUUUAUGUUUUCGGCAUGAUGAUCACCACAGUAGCACUGAGUAGUUACUGCCUUGAUAGCUACCCGGAGGCAUCUGGCGAGGUUUCGGCGUGGCUCAACAUGGCCCGGACUGUCGGAGGGUUUAUCGUCAGCUAUUUUCAGGUCAGAUGGGCCGAAGCGCAGGGAACGAAGCAGAGCUUCGGGAUCCAGGCUGGCAUCUGCGGCGGUGCUAUUUUGUUCAUUGUCGCUUUGAUAGUGUGGGGGAAGAGGCUGAGAAUUUGGGCGGGACCACUAAACUUUGCAACGACGUAA